UUUUCAUAAUUUACCAUUGUAUGUGUUUUCCUGAAUCUGUGUGACAUGAUGUUAUGUUAGUUUUUCAAGCUUGAUGCUCGCUAUAAAAUGUAUGAAUGCAUGGAAAGUAGUAAAAAGUUGAAAAAAUGCAAUACUUUGCUAGAAAAACGUGUUCUUCAGGACAAAUGGCCAGUUAAUAUGUUGUAUGCAUUGAAUCUCAUGCUGUGUACGUGACCUGAUUUUCUGCAGAUUUCCUCCUUCUGCAAAGGUAAAAUGUCAAACUACAAAGCAACAUUUGCACUGAGAGCUUUUUCCUAGUGUGGAGUGAAUGAUUGGAUUUAAUCUGUCCUGUAACUCACACUCCCAUUUCUUUGUUUUUGAUAUUUUAGUAUUGUACAUUAGAUUUCAGUUAGGCAUCUUUAAGCUCUGCCAUAAAAUUUGGUUUUGUCCUGUUCCUGUUCUUAUUUCUUUCCUUGCAGUCUCAGGAGGAAAAAAAUGGAGAAUGAUUACAGCAGUGAAUUAGAAGAUGCGUAUAAUGGAUUGGUGGAGCCAUGUUCGAUGGAGAGCAAAGUGAUGCUUGAAAACUUCCUCCAGUUAUUUGUUCACCCUAUCAUUUGUUUUGUUGGUUUUAUUGGCAAUGCUCUCGUAAUCAUGACAUACGCUCUCUACAAGCGGACCAAGUCCAUGACUGAUGUGUAUCUGCUGAACGUGGCCAUCGCUGACAUCCUGUUUGUGGUGGCACUGCCUUUGAUUAUCUACAGCGAGCAGUAUGGGUGGUCCAUGGGGAACUUGUCUUGCAAGCUUCUGCGUGGCAUCUACAGUGUCAACCUCUACAGCGGCAUGCUGCUCCUGGCCUGCAUCAGCGGCGAUCGCUACCUUGCCAUCGUACAGGCACGCCGGUCUUACCGGCUGCGUUCAAGCACUCUGCUUUACAGCCACCUGGUCUGUGCAGUAGUCUGGUUGUCAGCCCUGCUCUUGUCCCUUCCUACCUUCAUGUUUUAUGAGCGCUACCAAGCCGGCCCAUCUGAAUCCAGCAUGUGGAACAUUACUGACAGUGAAGAUGGGCCAUAUGUCUGCUUUUUUAAAUUUCAGUCAAAUGAAACGGCACGUGUGAUGAAAACUGUGGUUCCCAGCUCUCAGGUUGCAUUGGGUUUCUUCUUGCCGCUGCUGAUCAUGGGAUUCUGUUACUCAAGCGUCAUUGUCACCCUCCUUCGGGCAAAGAACUUUCAGAGACACAAGGCAGUGCGUGUGGUCCUCACUGUGGUCCUUGUGUUUGUGGUCUGCCAUAUGCCUUAUAAUUUAGCACUGUUGUUUUAUACCAUCAACAUGUUUCAAGAGCAGGAAUGCAGCUUCGAGGAGUCCAUCGGAUUGACCAUGAUCAUAACGAGAAGCCUGGCGUAUCUGCACGCUUGUCUCAAUCCCCUGCUGUACGCCUUCAUUGGGGUUAAUUUCAGAAACCACUUCCAGAAGAUCUUACGGGACAUCUGGUGCUUGGGGAAGAACUACAUGUCAGCAAGACGGUCUUCACGGGCCACCACUGAAAUUUACAUUACAAUGCGGCGCUCUAUGGAUGGAUCAUACAAUGAAAAUGGCACUUCAUUUACCAUGUGAUUUGAAGUCUGACUGGAAAAGAAAGAAAAAAGUCUCCCAGUUUGACUGGGAAAAUGUGAGGUUUCUGUAAAUGAUUAAUUAAUUGAAUUAAUCUUAUUAUUAAUCUUUUUUUUUUUUUUGAGAAAUUGUCAAUUACACACCAAAGAGGGAAAAUGGUUAUUCCUUGUUUCAAUGUGCUAGAAGAGCAAAGUGUAAAAAGUCUUCUGUUUAUGAAUGGAUUUUGCAAUCAGUAGGUAUAUGUAGUACUAAUGCAGAACUUUUUUUUUAUAUAUAUGUACUAUUUACCUUUUGUACAUAAAAUCUUUAACAUUGCCUAAUGUACCCAAGAUAUAAACCUUUUAAGUUUGAUCUAAAUACUAAAUAAAUUAAGCAAGAUAUUACAAAUAGUGAAGAGUGACAUUAUUAAAUAAGAUCCAGUGCUUUGAAUCAGUGAACUAUCUGAGGCUUACCAAGGUAGAUGCUCUGACCUGGAUA